AAUACGAACGGAACCGAAUACAGUGCGAUCCUGAAAUAAAUAAAUAAAUACAUGCAUAAAUAUGAACAAAUCAAAGUACAAAAACGAGCGUAAACCUAAUCCGAUACUUGAAGCCAAUUUCUUAUCGAAAUGGUUUUUUUGGUGGACACGUGACACAUUCAAACGGGGCUACAGGGAGCAGUUGCAACCAGACGAUUUGUAUGCACACAUCCCCACAUUGGACAGUAGAAAUGUCUCGUUUGCACUCAUCAAACACUGGGAGAAGGAAGUGAGGCGAAAGAAACCAAAUCUUUUGCACAUGAUAUUCCGUGCGUACGGGUGGAAGUUUGUGCCAAUUUGCAUAUUGUACUCAAUACUGGAGAUAUCGAUACAUUCAUCCCAACCUUUAUUUUUGGGAGGAUUGGUGUCCUAUUUUGCUGAGGGCCAGACUGACAUAAGCAAACAACAGGCCUACCUCUAUGCCACGGGCAUAGUCCUUUGCUCACUGGUGGCGACACUGUGUUUCCAUCCCUUCAUGUUCUACCUCUUCGAAGUGGGGACGAGAAUACGAUUGGCAUGCUCUGGGUUGGUGUAUCGCAAAUGUCUGCGUUCCUCAGUGACUGCAGACAAUCGAGGCAUGAGCGGAUUUGCCAUUGCCGUCUUGUCGUCGGACUUGCCCCAGUUUGACAUUACCUUCUACUUUUUUCACGACCUGUGGAAGGGACCGAUUGAGGCCUGCAUCAUGGGCUACUUGAUGUAUUUGCAGGUGGGAUGGCCCGCCAUCGUUGGCCUGGGCUUCAUCAUAAUUUUCAUUCCGCUGCAGGGUUGGGCGGCAAAGGCUUCGGCUCACUUCAGAUACGAGUCGGCCGAGCACGGCGAUGACCGAGUCAACCUUAUGAACGAGAUAAUCACUGCGAUGCAGGUCAUAAAAAUGUACGCUUGGGAGAAGUCGUUUGCCAAGCUGAUCGCCAUUAUACGGAAGAAAGAAGUGAAGGCCAUCAGGGGUUCGAUGAACAUCUAUGCCGCCUUGCAGUGCACCAACAUGAUAUCGAAAUUCUCGCUCUUCAUCAGCUUGGUGGCAUACGUGUACACGGGCGACAUAGUGACGGCCAAGAAGGUGUUUAUUGUGUCUUCGUACUACGAUGUCCUGAACGAUUCGCUGCUGCACUUCUGGCCCUUGGCCGUAACCACUUGGGCGGAGACAGUGGUGUGUGCUCGUCGCGUGGUCAUGUUCCUCAUGCAGAGCGAGGACCCUGCCGACGGUGGCAUUGAAAAUUUCGCCAUGGAUGAUGACGACGACAAGGGCAAUUUCAGCGGGCGUGUCCACAAUCCCAGGGCCAUAAAGAAGGGCGUCUUUCUGCACAACUUGACGGCCAGUUGGGAUAAGGUGGACUCCGAGAGCCGUCGAAAGCACAUCGACAAUGUCAGUGCUGUUAUAACGGAAAAACAAUUUGUGGGCAUCGUGGGAAAUGUUGGGUCGGGCAAGACGACCCUGCUGAAUGCCAUUCUCGGAGAAUUGGAAAUUAUCCACGGCAACGUUGAGGUCAACGGCCAGGUGAGCUACGCCCCGCAGGAAGCGUGGGUGUUCGAAGGCAGCAUACGAGAUAACAUAGUGUUUGUGGAGAAGUACGACGAAGCCCGCUACAAGGCAGUCCUCAAUGCAUGCGAGCUGGAGAGGGAUAUUUCGCUGUUCCCCUAUGGCGACUCCACAAUUGUGGGCGAACGGGGUAUCAGUUUGAGCGGUGGCCAAAAGGCUCGUAUCGGCCUCGCUCGGGCUGUGUACAGACAAGCCGAUAUAUAUGUCUUUGACGAUCCCCUAUCAGCCGUGGAUUCACAUGUGGGCAAAUUGUUGCUCAGCAAGUGCUUCAAUCGAUUCUUGACCGAUAAAAUACGCAUCCUGGUCACCCAUCACAUCCACCACCUCAAGAACACCGAUCACUUGAUUCUGAUGGAAAAUGCCAGAGUCGUCGAACAGGGUCCCUACGAGACGCUGAAGCAUAGUAUCGUGUUUCGUGCUCUCUUGGAGCAGGAGGAAGAGGAUAGCAAGCAGGCUCUGAAGCAUACGGACAGCAUAAUUGACAACGACAAGAAGGACACCAAAGACGAGGUUGAACGUGUCACGAAACAGGACAAAGGCGAGGACCGCAAAGAGAACCAAAUGCAGGGCUCGGUCAGACUGCAAACCUAUCUCUCGUAUUUCCAUGCCCUGGGCAAGCCGUGGGUCAUCAUAUUUGUGUUUUUGUUAUUUAUAAUGGCCAGAGCGUGCGAAGCUCUAAUGGAUAUAUUCAUUGCCCGGUGGGCCACUUGGGAAGAAACGCAACCCACGGAACACGACAGCUAUGCGGAGUACACGUCCAAACGGAAACGAAUGGUGUCCAUCUACACAGUAUUGAUCAUAUGUACCUUGGUCCUUUACAUAGCGAGGACCUUUGGGUUCUUCAUGAUUUGCCUGAAGAUUUCGUUGCGUCUACACGACAGUCUCUUUAAUGGCAUAAUCCGUUCGUAUAUGUAUUUCUUCAAUACAAAUCCCUCGGGGCGCAUCCUGAACAGAUUUUCCAGUGACAUCAACAACAUUGACGUGGCUCUGCCACAGGCAAUGUUAGACUCGAUAUCGUUCAUCGUUAAUGCCGUCGCCGUAUUGGUGGUCGUGGCCACGGCAAACUAUUGGCUUCUGAUACCGGCCUUCAUAAUGAUUCUAUUGCUGUACGCUUGUCGUGGACUAUAUAUAGGGGCUAGUCGUAGUUUGAAAAGAAUCGAAGUAAUGACCCGCAGUCCCGUCUACUCCCAUACGAAUCAGACAUUUCAAGGCUUGACAACUAUUCGUGCCCUUCAUGCUAGCCGCCACCUGGAGGCAGAAUUCCACGACCAUCAGAACAACAAUACGUCGGCACUGUAUCUGUACGUGACAACAAAUCGGGCCUUCGCCUUCUGGACGGAUCUGAUAUGUGUCCUCUACAUUCUGGCCGUAACAUUCAGUUUUCUGCUCAUUAACCAAGAGUUCUACAGCGGCGAUGUCGGUUUGGCCAUCACGCAGUCCAUGUCAUUGGUUAUAAUGUGCCAGUGGGGGAUGCGUCAGACGGCCGAAAUGGAGAACAAUAUGACGAGUGUAGAACGCGUUAUAGAGUAUAUUGAACUUCCCACAGAACCCAGUUUAGAAACGGACGCAUCCGUCAGACUGCCGGAGAAUUGGCCCGCUACGGGCCGAAUGCACUUCAAAGAUCUAAAGCUCAAAUAUUCGGAAAAUAGUGACUAUAUUUUGAAGGGGCUCAACUUCUCCAUUAAACCGACGGAAAAAAUUGGCAUAGUUGGUCGAACGGGCGCUGGCAAGUCGUCGAUAAUACAGGCAAUAUUCCGUCUAGCUAGAAAUGACGGACUUCUGGACAUUGACGGCUUCGAUAUCGAAAGGCUGGGACUACAUGACCUGCGCAGUCGUAUUUCUAUAAUCCCACAAGAUCCAGUUCUCUUUUCCGGAGCUCUGCGAUUUAAUCUCGACCCUUUCGACGAGAGGACUGACGAGGAAAUCUGGCAUGCCCUGGACGAUGUUAAAUUGAAAAAUUACGUGAAGUCACUCGAGGGUGGUCUGUCGACUCGAGUGUAUGACGGCGGCUCGAACUUUAGUAUGGGACAGAAACAGUUGAUAUGCAUGGCGAGAGCGAUUUUGAGGCACAACAAAAUUUUGAUAAUGGACGAGGCUACGGCCAAUGUAGAUCCUGAAACCGACAAAUUCAUCCAGGAGGCCAUUCACACUAAGUUCGAGAAGUGUACAGUCCUUACGAUUGCCCAUCGCCUACACACGGUAAUGGACAAUGAUCGAGUCUUAGUUAUGGACGCUGGCAGUGCAGUAGAACUGGGUCAUCCCCAUCAGUUACUCCAGAAUCCAGAGGGACAUCUCUUCAAGUUUGUUGAAAAAACCGGUCCAGGCACGUCAAAGCAUUUGCGUUACAUAGCCGAGCAGAGUUACAGAAAACGUGUCACAAAUAAAAAAUCAGAAUAGUUUUAGAAGAUCACAAACACACACAGACAUCUAUUUAUACUACCUAUUUAUAUUUAAUUAACUCGGGAAUAUUAGUGAGUACAGUUUACUCUUAGAUCUCUAGUGGGUAUGUUUUGUAAAUAUUAAGGGUUUCGUUUUUGUCACACAAAUAAACGCACAAAAUAUUAAA